AUGAGACUGCAGCGAUCACCUUCCUUUGAGUCUGCUGUCAAAAUCAUCGAAGCACGAAAGGCCCAGGAGGAGUCGCAUCUUAAAGAAGCCGAUGAUUUCUACAAGAGUGAGGGAGGCAGACUUUACCGAAUUCCGUUCUCCUAUCAGAACAGUCAAGGAAGACAAGAAGGAGUCGUGAAAGCAAAAGUGAAGCAGUCGAAGGUUGAAAUCAAUGUCAUUCCAGAAAGGGGAGACAAGGGGCCUGGCCCACUUGUCUUGCAUUGGGGCGUUGCUGAGAAAGAACCUGGAGAGUGGACGCUGCCCAAUCAAGAAACCAUUUCCGCAUUGGAGAGUGGAGAAGCGCACGGGAAGGCUGUAGAGUCUAAGUUCAAGACUGAGGUUGGAACAGUAGAGCAAAGUAUCAAAUUUGAGCUUCGAGGUUCGUUGCCUCCAUCAAUCUCUUUUGUGCUCAAAGACACCUCAAAUGGAGCCUGGUACAAGGCAGACAAUCAUGAUUUCUGCGUGCCGAUCACUGAGGAAGCCACCGUCGCCCGGGAAAUCUUUGAUUUUGAGAAGCAGGGCCAUGUCACCCUGAUGCAUCGAUAUCAUAUGGCUUGUUCUUUGAUUGAUCGCGCUCCCCCAGGCGAGGCUGGACGUGACAUCUUGUAUUUCGUCUUCAUUUGGCUCAGGUUCUCGCAGAUUAGGCAGCUUUCAUGGCAACGUAACUACAACACGAAGCCGAGAGAGUUGUCGCAUGCAUCUGAGCAACUGAACAAGUUGAUAUCCUGGAGAUGGAAAAACUCAGGUCCAAUUGAAAGAGAAAUUUUCCGCUUAAUGCUUGGUUGUAUUGGUCGUGGUGGGUCUGGAGGUGACGGUCAAGCCAUUCGCGAUGAAAUUUUGCACAUUAUGCACAGACAUAGACUGCCGGAAUCCAAGGGUACAUUCGUUGAAGAAUGGCAUCAAAAGUUGCACAAUAACUCCACACCCGACGACAUCAUUAUUUGUCAGGCGUAUCUUGCAUUCUUGCACUCGAAUGGAAAUUUGGCAGAGUUCUGGCGUGUAAUCCAUGAGAAUGGCUUGAACCGCGAGAGGCUGAAAGGAUACGAGCGUGCAAUCGUGACAGAGCCUCAAUUCUUUGGUGACAAGAAGGACGGUCUGAUCAAUGAUUUCAACAACUACUUGAGGAUCCUCAAGAACGUUCACGCUGGGGCUGACUUGGAGAAGUGCGUUGAGGUUUGCCGUGGCUUUCUGGAAGGCCACAUCAACGUUCUCCUUGAGAGCAUCUUGCGGGAGCGAGGAGCUAACGAGGCCCGCACUCCAGCCGUUAUCGACUCCAUUACUGAGGUCAGGCAGUUGAUCGGUGUCAAGAUGACCAAGGAGGGAGAUAUUAUGAAGCUGCGCGAUCUCCUCUACCUUGACCUUGGCCUCGAGGCGCAGCUCAGACUCAUGGCUGAACGCUCGUUGGGCUCUCUGGACUCGGUGGAGCUCAACACAGGAGCGCGUGCUCUCACCCUGUGGGUCGGGUUGGCCCUGGAGAACUUGGUGUACUCAUCCUCCCCUGCCAAGGGCACGUUGGACCCCAACGUCCAAGACUCGCAUGCCAACGAGCUGAAAGCUUGCUUGAGGGACUGGGUCCAGCUCGAAGAAGAAGUUCACAAGGGGAUGACGCAAGGCUGGCCCACCAAGGCCAUGGCUGUGGUUGAGAGAAUGAGAAGGGCCAUGGGCGACUAUGUUGACGGCAUCCAAAACAACAUGCAGAAGAGAGCAGAGUAUCUUGGGUACGGUUUGUGCGCUGUCACACCAGAGAAGAUCCCUGAGAAGUGGAGCAUAACGUUGUUCUCUGAAGAACUUGUUAGAGGAGGCGGGUGCUCGUUUGUUUUGUCCUCCUUCCUCAGGAAGCUGGACAAGGUGCUUAGAAAGCUGGGCGGUGGAACCAUGUGGCAAGUGAUCUCGACUGGGAAGCCGGGAGCUGUGGGUCAGCUUGUGGAGGUCCACGACCUGAUGUCGGUCCAAAGUGAGACUUACUCGAAGCCGACGGUCCUCCUGGCGAACUCGCUCUCGGGCGAAGAAGAAGUUCCUCCUGGAGUGGUUGGUGUGAUCACUCCUGAUGCUCCUGACGUGUUGGCGCACAUCUCUGUGAGGGCUAGGAAUCUCAAAGUUCUGUUCGCCUCUUGCUUCGACCCUGAUGAGUUUGACAACCUCGGGAAGCUUGUGGGCAAGACGGUAUCUUGCCAGAUUAGCGGAAACAGAGUCACUGUCACAGAGACAGGAGAUGUUGCUUCCGGAGACGACAUGAACCAACUCAACGAGGGCCUCAAGAACCUUAAGCUCGAGCUGCCUCCUCCAGCCAAGUUCACCUCCUUCUGCUUGCCUGAGGCAUCCAUAGACGUCAAGGCGUCGCCCAAGACCUUCGGAGCAAAGAGCACCAACAUCGUCGCGGUGCGGAAGCUGCUUCCUGACUGGAUCCAAACCCCCCGAAGCGCGGUUGUGCCGUUUGGAGUGUUCGAGAAGGUUAUGAGCUGCCCCGAGAACAAGGAGAUCUCCAAGGCAUACAACGCCAUCAUAGACAAGGAGCUGAAGGAGACCAAGGAUCCGCACGGGGUGCUGCGGAGGCUCAAGGAUCUUACCCUCUCCCUCUCCGCCCCCAACGACCUCGUGACGCAGCUGAAAUCUUCCCUGGAGAAGUCCGGCAUCAUCACGUCCGGAGAGUUGGAGGGGAAAGAGUGGGACGAGGCGUUCAUGGCACUCAAGGGUGUCUGGGCUUCCAAAUGGAACGAAAGGGCCUACUGGAGCUGCAAGAAGUCCAACAUCCCGGUCCACCAGGUCCAGAUGGCCGUCUUGAUCCAGAGGCUGGUGGAGGCUGAGUACGCGUUUGUGAUCCACACGGUGAACCCGGCCACUGGCGACUCGACGGAGAUGUAUGCUGAGAUUGUCGUUGGGCUGGGAGAGACUCUGGUUGGAAACUUCCCUGGCAGAGCCCUCGGGUUCUCAAUGAAGAAGGAUGGAUCAGGAGAUCCGACUGUCCACUCGCUACCCAGCAAGAGCGUCGGGCUCUUCGGCGGAGGUUUGAUUUUCCGUUCGGACUCCAACGGAGAGGACCUUCCUGGGUUUGCAGGAGCAGGGCUGUAUGACAGUAUCCCGAUGGUCAAGAACACCAAGAAGACGUUGAUGUACUUCAACGAGAAGCUCGCGACCGACAGAGGGUUCGCAGAUAAGAUUAUGCGAGGAGUCUGCAAGGUUGCUGUCGAUGUCGAGAAGGCCAUGGGUGGAACGCCGCAGGACAUCGAAGGGUGUUACAGGGACGGAAAGUUCUACGUAGUUCAGACGAGACCUCAAGUGUGA